AUGACGGACGUCAUCGCAGCAGGAACGCCGGGCGGUCCCGCGCCCAGAUUCACGCACCAAGCGCCUUUCGAAACGAUCAUCAAAGAAAAGACUUCGCAGAAACUCAUCAUCAGCCUCUCGCUCCGUCUUCGUCGAGGGCAGAUCUCGGGACCCGAAGCGGUCUCGGAAGCCACCGCAAAGGCGCUUCGCAGCCUGGUGUCUUCGGCCAAGUACAACUCAAUGCAGGAGCUCAUCGAUAUUAUCAAAUCUGCGGGGCGAUACCUGCAGCUUUCGCAGCCGGCCGAACAGUCGAUUGGCAACAUCACGAGGAGGGUGGUGCAUUUACUGAGGGAGGAAGCCAAAGCUGCGUUGUUGGAAGCGCACGAGAAGGAGCAGAGUGGUCUCAAUACGGGAGGGUGCGGAAGCGGCGUGGCGAGCUUGAGCACGUCGAUCUCGGAUCUGCAGCUUGUUUCUGCUUUUGGUGGUGCGGGUGUAGCGUCUGCGAUUCCGGCUCACAUGGGACAGUCGAGUGGUUCGGGUUCGGGUUGCGCUUCAAGCUCUUCAACCUCUGUGCAUCAGCUACACAGCGCACAUGGUACCAGGAGCAGUUCUCAUUCGCAAUUGCCGUCAAAUUCGUCUUCGACCAGCGCACCCGCGCCAAGCCAUUCUCCCGGGAAGCGUCCGGGACCUUAUCCGCUUCGAGCAGCAUCGGAAUCGCAUCCUGGCUCGUCGGCGUUUGUGCACGGCAGCUUUUCGAUUUCGGACCUGGUCGCUGCAGGUGGUAUGGCCACGUCGACGUCUUCUAGCCUCGCACACACGCCUGUAGACGGAAGCUACGCUUCGACCCCGCACGCGUCGCUCUCUCGCAAAGGCUCCGGUGUGUUCGAUUCGAGCUUCACGCACCUGUCACAACAGAUGUCCAGUGUGAGCCUAGUCGAGGAUGCGGCUGGAGAAGCCGAAGCGGAGGAAGCGAUGCAGAGCGGUGCCGCUGCUACCAGCAAGGAUGUGGAUGAACAAGCAUCGGAAGUGUCGUCAGAAGAAGACGGAUUGGAUCAGGACGACGACGAGCUGGGUGCGCACGAUGCAUCGUCGCUCACCACGGGCAAGAAAUCGGGCACGGGCGGAGCAUAUUUUUUGAAACCGUUACUGAUCCAGGCGAUUCAAGACCUGAUUGACGAACUGGAGACUGUAGACGACAAUAUCUCCAAGGUGUCGCGCGAUCACAUUCAUUCGGGUGAAGUGAUUCUGACACUUGGAUCGUGUGCUACGGUGCAAGCGUUUUUGCGCGCUGCUGCGAAGGAUCGCAAGUUUACCGUGAUCGUUGCCGAGACAGCGCCGUCGUAUUCAGGGCAUGCGCUGGCGCGGACGCUUGCCAAAGCGGGGAUUUCCGUGCUACUGAUCCCGGACAGUUGCAUCUUUGGUGUGAUGCCGCGCGUGUCCAAGGUGGUGCUUGGUGCGCAUGCGGUUCUCGCGAAUGGUGGAGCGAUCUGUGUAGCUGCGUCGUAUGCUACGUCGCUAGCCGCUCAGCAGCACAGCGUCCCCGUGAUGAUCUUGACCGGAGUAUUCAAGAUCUGUCCGGAAUGGUCCGGAAUCCACCACUUUGCGCACGGCGCAGCCAGUGACGGUGCCGCUCUCGCGCCUGCAGCACUCGUCGACUACGCCACCAGCAGCAGCAUCGUCGAGCACGCCGAAAUCGUCAGUAACGCCUUCGACUACGUCCCUCCGCACUUGGUCCAUGUGUUCAUCACCAACCUCGGCGAACAUCCGCCCAGCUACGUGUAUCGCCUGGUCAAGGAAAACUACCACCACGACGAUAUUCUUCUUUGA